AUGGCCUCCGGCAGCUGCGCUUGCCACUAUAUCAGUUACACGGCCUCCACUCCUCCAACAUGUCUGGUCAAUUGCCACUGCAAAACCUGCCGCAGACAAGCCGGCGCUCCCUAUCAAACCUGGGCAUUCUUCGCGACUAAAGAUAUCCAAUGGCAUAUCAAUCCCACCGAGCGGCAGUCAACGGACGCUGCUACGCGUAGCUUCUGCCCUCAAUGCGGUUCGACUCUAAGUAUGAUCCAGCAUCGUGAUCCGAAGAGUAUCGGGAUCGCUGCGGGGACACUCGAUGAGGGGAAGACGCAGAUCCCGACGCCAAGCCAUCAUAUCUUUCUCAGUGAGAAGGCUUCUUGGUUUGAAUUACCCGAGAACGACGCGGCGAAGCGGUGGGAUAAGUGGGGGAAAUAUGAUAAGCUGUAG